UUUGGUGGAAUGGAAGUCACGUGAUUUCACGUCUCACCGUUUAUUGGUCUGUGGUUAUACGUCACAGUAUAACAUCCGCUAGCUAGUAGCUACGUUAGUUAUUGUAAAGAAUGCAUACUUGUGCUGAUAAAAGUAAAUACUGACGACUGAAAUUGUUAUAUAAUUGUCGCGCUGUGAACAUACAGUUUCUUGCUCGUGUAUAAAAUCGCACUGGAAUGGUCACGCUAUAUGUACUUAGUGCUAUCGACGCACGUGAGUUGCUAACCAUAAUCGCAUACUUUUCACAUGAGCGACGGGACAUAUGAGGCAAUGUUGGUUAAAACUGAGACACCAGAACAACUAAUAAGCCUAGGAAAUGGGGCAUCUGGAGUUGAAUCAUCAGAAGCGGUUGCCAAUUCAAAGCAGGCACCACAGGCCGAAGCCCGGUCAGAUCAAAGUUCUGACCCGGUCACGAAACACGAGUGCCUAGAAGAUUUUGACCUUUGUUAUCAGCAUUACGGUGAGGAAUUAGCCAUCAAAGAGCCAAGCACAUUAAUUUGUCCUACAAAAGAAGAUCUGGAGAGGAUUCCUCCACAAACAUAUAAAAAACCACGAAUCGACACUUCACUCCUUCUCUUGACCAGGAAAUUUUUGAAGUUGCUGAAACAGUCAAAAGAUGGCAUUUUGGACUUGAAUAUUGUGAGCCAAGAGCUCAAUACCCCUAAGAGACGCAUCUAUGACAUCACAAACGUCCUGGAGGGGAUCAGCCUAAUCAAGAAGGAAUACAAGAAUCAAGUACAGUGGCUGGGUGAUUGUCUCAAUGAAGAUGUAUAUAAAGUGAUGCGUGAUCUUGCUGAAGAAGAAAGGAAGCUCGAUAUGCUGAUUAAAAGCUGCACAGAAGAGGUUAUUCAUCUGUGUGUGAAUGAGCAAACCAGCAGAUUUGCCUAUGUGACCUAUGAGGAUAUUCAAACCAUUCCCAUUCUGAGAGAGCAAACUGUGUUUGUGAUCAAAGCCCCUGAAAACACAAGCCUGGAUAUUCCACACCCAAAAGAAAGCCUACAAAUUCACCUCAAGAGCACCCAGGGACCUAUUGACGUGUUGGUAUGCUCUGAUGAGCCUCUUCCAAUGGAAGUCACAGAUGGUGUGGCGGGCGAUGCCAAUAGCAGCCACAUGUCCACCACUGUUACCAAUGACUCAUCAUUCACCUCAGUUGUUCAGAUGCCCCUUAAAAGUGACCCUUGUUUUUAAGGAUGUCACUUUCCCCCAGAGCCUGUUUUCAAAUCACUUAAAACCACCUCAGUUAAAUUUUCCCAAACUCCCUUCAAAGAGUGAUCUAACUUGGUCCCCGCCCCGCUGUGCAUGAUGACAUUUUUUCCCUCCGCAGAUGCAUGCCAUUUCCUUGUGGCCUUCAUGCAAACUGUUACUAAAAGCACCCAUUAAGAAAGCUACGACACUGAAUGUACCCUGAAUUUAGUCACUGGCUUUAUUGAAAAAUGUAAGGAGAAGUUUGCGUCACAUUUGUUCUCAUUUGAAUAGUUGUUUUAAACUACAUAUACACAAAAGUCAUAGAUUUCCUUCUAAUUAUGACAUUGUGUUAAAAUCUUAUGUGGGAGUGUAGGGUUUUAGGUUUCAAGUGAUAUUGAUGUUAAAAAAAAAUCUGAUGCCUUCAGUUUUGACCAUCAGUUGCCAAUGUUCUCUUGGGAAGAAUUCACUGUGGAGUGUUUUUUUACAUUAUUUUCAAUAACUUAUUUUUCUUCUGUUAGAGAGAAAAAACAUUUCAAUUUGCGUUCAAAUGUUCAUUUUAACAUGGCCACUGUCUGAGUCGAUCGUAUUUCUACGGUGCAUACAUAUGUAUACGAUACCUUCAAAUAAAACAAGCCUUGAAAUAAUUCACUUUGAUUUAUUUAUCUAAAUGAACACAAAACCAGUUUCACAUAACUUUAGAAAUUUUAUCACUACAGUACUUUCAAUUAUAUGUCUUACUGUAUCAGGGAUGCGAAACGUAUGCACCAUUAUCAAUGGUUUAGUGAGUAAUUUUCACUCUUGCUAAUAUUGUUUGCUUGGGAAAAAAAGUAUGCUGUUGUAUUGCUGUUGGUAAAGGCAUACCUUAUUGUUACUCAAACAAUUUAAUCUUUACAAAAAGUGGCAGGUACGACAAUUUUUUUUAAAUUAAAUGACAGUUAAAUAUAAGUUGAUAAUUAGUAAGAAUGUUUUGUGCAAUACGUCUUGAUUUAGUAUUUAAAACUUUCCAUUUUACAUAAAACCCAUUUUUCCCCUUAUAGUUCUAUUGAAACUUACAUUUGUCCUCAUGAAUGGGAUUUUGCACACCUAUGAAGGUAGAUUUGUGUCUUUAAUCAAUAAAAAAAAAAAGGUGCUUAAAUUGAAAAAGUCGCUUCAAUCAAAAAUAUAUUUUCAAUAAAAAAUUGAAGGGCAAUUUUUUUUGCAAAUGAUUUUUUGUCUUUGAUUGAAAAUAGUUUUUUUUUUAAUUGAAGCAACUUUUUCUGGGAUUGAGUGAUAUGGACACAAAUGUCCUACCCAUAAGAUGGCCCAAACACAAAAAGGAGUGCUUCAAUCAAAGAUAAGUUUCAAUGACAAAAUUAAGUGUUCAAAUGCAAAUUUGAGUCUCAAAUAUUUUUUCGCAUUCAAAAACUUUUUUUCGUAUGAUUGAAUUUUUUUCUUUGAUUGAAGCAACUUAUUUUUUGAUUGAAUAAUAAACACAAAUGUCAUAGCCAAAAUGUGGCCCAAACGCAAAACUACAUUAAUUCAAUCAAAAAAAUUGUUUCAAUCCCCCCCCAAAAAAAUCAAAAACUUUUAAAAUGCGUUUUUUGUUUCAAAAUUUUGAUUGAAGCAGCUUCUUUUGAUUGAAUUAUAAAGACAAAUCUACCUUCACACACACCCACCCACUUCCUCUGUCCUCCUGAAAAGGUCUGUAUCAAUAAUGCAUGUGUCCAUGCGCUAGGUGGCAGUGUAUUACCACAGAUUUGCAGAUGGAAUGCAUAAUCUGUGGUGGUUUUGAAAUAUAAGUACGUAUAACCACAUUCUUUCACUCCCACAUACAGUACUGUACUUGUUUCAAGCUUCAGAAGUUCACAGCACCCCUCUGAGUUGAUGAACCAACAUUUUAUUUUGUUGCUAUGGUGAUCUGAGGGAGAGUUUCUUAAAGUGGGAAAUUACAUUGCACUUCAUCUAUAAUCUCUUAAUUUAAAUAAAUAACGAGUAGGGGGAAUAAAGUGAAGUCACGCUAAAUACUGCAGAUUUGGAUAGUCUCAAAUGGUUUAAAAGAUUUUCCUAGUUAACUUUGGAGUUCAUGUAGUGGUGGCUCCAUUGAUGAAGAAAAAAAUGCCAUUCAUAUAAAUUCUACUCCCAGUUUGUUCAUACAGUGCUUUAAUAUAUGUAUCCAUAAUAUACAGUUGUUUUACUCUCCCUUUGACAUAAAAACCACAAAAUUCCAAACGCAAUCACUCGGAAGUAAUUGAGUAAAAAUAUUAAAUAAUAAUAAAACCUCACACCGCUGUCCUGUCUGGCCAACUUUCUUCGCGCUCAUCUAAUAUAAAACCUGAGACUAAAACAUAUUUAACGUCCGGGUCAUAAUCCUAACAGAUCUGUUCAUGCUUCUCUUUGUCUGAAAUACAGCGUCAACAUGGGGAAAAAAAAGCUACCUCAACCUGAUGAUGUAAUCCAUUGGGAGGGUUGAGUACUUACACUCGUCCAUAGAUGGCAAUAUUGCUCCUCCAAAUCCUCCAUAAACCCAAUCAACCCAGUUCCCUACAAAUACAAGAGUUCACAGAGUCACUGGAUCACUGCAGUGAUUGAUUUAUGUGUUUCAGUUUUUUGUCUCUCUUUGUGUGCUGUAAAGAUCUUGCACAUGAGAGGGGGAAAAAAACAACUCUGAAUAUUGAGCCUGGUUGUAUUGAAUUAGACCUGACGUCAACCUCGCCCCCUGCCUCAAGAGGACACAGUUAAAGAUCAUUCAUUAAAGCUGCCAAUCACAAGAUCAAUCUUUCGAUGGAGUUUCAUUUUUAAAGUGCAUCAGCUCGUAGCUAACAAACACCGAAGGGCCUGCGGGAGGGUAGAUGAUCGGGUUUAACAGGGAGACCGGACUAAGUCACAAUUUAAGACCUUCAGAGGAUUUUGAAAAGCAGUUCACACAGGUUGCCCUUAUUCUCCAAAACAUAUUGACUUGAGUCGAUGUUGACAUCUCCCUGAUGCUGCCCUGUCUUUUCGAAUUCUGCCAUGCACACUGGCUGUGAGUGAAACAACAAAAAAUUGAGAGUGUGUUAAAGUCGGAAUCUGAAAGUGAGAGAGUGAGAGAGGAUGGUAGAGAAAGUACUACUCGUCUUGCAUUGGCUGGUAAUAGUGUGUCGUACUUUUGCGCUGCACGCCGCUGACCAAUCAGCUGUCUCCCAAAUAUUUUGGGUUUAUGAAUGAAGUAAAAAGUGAGAGGGCAGGAAAGGAAUAGUUUGAUUCAUCAAGCCUGAGUACGCCAACGAAAUACAGUAUGUGCUGUGUGAAAACCCUCUGGAGGGCCUAAUAAUGUCAAUGUCUGGUUCAGCAACAUGAUGCAAAAAAAACUAACAACAACCUGCGGCCUCUGUUUUUAAAAAUGGUGCCACUUACAUUGCUUUCUGUACAAGUUCCAAGAGUUAAAUACUGUUUCAAAUUUACUCUGCCAUGAUUGGGGCCAGUGAGUGCACAAGCUUGUUUCGUGUGUGACAUCAUUGAUUAAUAGUUGUAGCUCGACUAUAAAAGUGACAACUUCAAAAAACAUUUAUCGUUCGUACCCUACAAGAGGCCUGAAACACUAAUUAUUGACUACUGUAUGGCCACACUUGCAUAAUUUGAAAUUAUCUAAUGUGUAAACAGUGUCCAGAAUUCCAGCUCUGAAAAGGGUGCUUUCUAGUUUUGAUAAGUAUGAUAUAGGCGAAAUGAAAAGUAAGACUUUGUUGAGGUGAGAGAAUGUGGGGUCAAAGAGCAUACUGAAGGGGGACAAGCAAGCUUCAAACCAAGUACCUUAAGUGUUCUCCAACAGCGUUUGAAACUUCUUGACCUGAAACAGAGGCUCUCGCAAGCUCACCCACUUCAUGCUAGAAUUGGCUUCCUGCGUAGAGCUGGGAAAGUGGACAAGGUUUUGCACUUUCAUCACACCCUCUCUUUUUGCUUGUGUUACCAAGGAAUACUGCGUAGAAAGAUAUCUAUGCUUUCCCACCAUUUAUAGUAUGAUUAUUUCGACGUCAUGCUUGGCCCAAAAUUGCCUGAAUUUCUGAAAUGGACCUCAAAAAGGGUUUGUAUGGAAUUUAAUCUCAAGGCUACAACAAAGACACACAUGUAUGGCCAUGUAAAAAAGUUUGAGUCGGCAAAUUGAAAAUGUGCAGCAAAGGUACUUAAAGGGAGAAAAAAAAUCUUCCUCUCUGCUUUUCUUAUAAUACUCCAAUUGACCAUGAAAAUGUAUUUGAAUCUUAUUAAGUGGGUGUUUCCUCACUUUAACCAAGAACAUAAAAAGCGCGUGAGAAGUUAUCUGAGGUAGAAUCCAGAUGAGUCAUUCUACACACUUAAGGAUAAGAGUGAGAGAAGAUCCGUUGGUGUUCUUUCCGCAGGAGACAUUUCACAAGGGAUUUACCACCACAUUAUUUGCAGUCAGAGAUCACUAAUGUGUAGUCGCAUCUAGGAUACUGAAAUAUGCAAAUAUAGUGUGUCCUUAAAAUUCAAGCCCUCGAGGGCUAGAGAAGCAAACCGUGCUUUCUUUUGAUCUCAAAGGAGAUGAAACUAAAGUGUUGCAAUGUACUGUACAUGGAGUAGAAGACAAUUCGUAUUAGUAAUAAAAUGUACUUAGCAAAAGCUGUGGUUCAUUUACUUUCCACCCCAGUGGACGCUUGAGCGAGAGGAUCAAUGAAGUGCACAAAUCCAUACUGUAGGUGUAUGGACUGAUCAUUAGAGGAAGUGAUUUUCUUCUGUCACGUGGUUUUGAGAGGCUUGUAUGUACAAAGGUUUGACCUCGCAAAAGGAUUUGGCUUAAGAUGCGCUCUGUCAACUUUCCACAUUCCCAUAUUUGUAUAGGCUUGAAAGGACUCUGCUCUCUGGAGGGGUGAAUGUGAGUAACCAGAUGAUGUAGAGUUGGCUGUCUGUGCUGCGACACAGCUGGGCCCUGGCUUUGGUAAAUGUGGAGAGCUUGGAAUGUGAUGUCCACUUCCUUCUUGUUCCUCGUUUGUGGUUUGUAUUUUCCCCUCUUCUAGGCUUCUGCAUUAGUGGUCAUGAUGACAGCACUGUGAGGCCUGUUGUGAGCCUUUAACCACCACUCCACCCCUCUCCUCUUGGAGUGGGUGUUCACUUUUUUUGCUUUCACUUGGAUGCAUCAAAUAUUUGCAUAGACAGAAGAAGGCGUUUAACCUGAACCCAUAGGCUCACACCCUUUAGCCAAUGGGAGAAUGGGCUGUCAGUUGUCAUUUGCAUGUCAUUUGCAUCGGAUCCCCAGUGACUGUUUGCAAUGUCAAGAGGGCAAAUUAACCAGUGUUCCAUUUUAGCCAGAUUUGCAUCUCAUUUGCAUUCAAGUUCUUUAAUGAGGGUUACUUAGAUAUCUGACCCAUGUGCAAACUUCUUACCUUGUGCGCAGAGCCUGAAGACAGUGAGAUGGGCUAAUUUCAUUAAGGGAAACAGCCGUUUGACAGAGAGAGUGCCUUUGGAUGUAAUCGUUAAAGGGGACGGUGGCUUGCAAGCUGUUUGUAAUCAGGCACUUUUCGCAUGCAUAUGGACAUUGUGCCAUAUUUAUUGUAAGGAUGAAAGAUUAGGCAUGGAGAGUGUAGCAGGCAGCAUCAAUCUCCAUCAGCAUCUUCGGGCGGGCACAUUAAUCAUCCCAUCUAUGGAAAAUCAUCCUCAUCGGACCAUUGGGGCCAGUGUGUGCGUGUAUUUGAGUGUGAGUGUGCAAUACUGAUGCAGACACGGACAGAAGGGGAGUUAGUGGCCGACUGAGCAGAAGCACAGCAGCCAAUACUUCUUCAUUGAUCCUAGGAACUCGGACUGGCCGUUACACUGUGUUCUCUCCUGCUAAUGUGUUCACAUGGCAUCACCUGACUGAAUGGUCUCACACGUAGGCCAAAUCGUUUAACUACGCAUGCUUUUCCAUAGAGACGGCAGUUUUUUCCUCUCAUGCUUUCUGCAAUCCUCUUUUCUUAUCCUUUUUAAUUUAUAGCUGGGUAAGAAAGCUUUAUGAGCAGAUGGAUUACAGCACAUAUGUUAGAUUCCUGAGUUCGGCGACUAAACCAACACCAAUGCUCAGACAUCCAGCAGGGGCAUGCCGUGGUUCUAUUUUAACAAGUUCUCUAUCCUGCAGGUUCUUUCAAUCGCACAUACACUGAAUUUUAAUGUCGCAGGUUUUACGCUUUGAUUUAGCAAUCAUUUUCUAAAUCGACUUUUACUUAUAAACUCCCUUAAAAUCGGGUAUGCUAAUUUAAUAUAGCCUAACAUAACUUGUUGAAAUAAGUUGUUACCAUUCCAUAGAUUAAGCGUGCCAGCAAACUUUACGCUUUUAUUCGCUGACUCGGACAUCCUUUAGCAGGUAUUUUAAACUAUAUGCAUUGACUACAAGUGAACAAAAACAGUACAUGCCUCUCGCAUGGAUGUUUGUAUUCAUGCGCUUUAAACCAUGCACUGUAUGCUUUGGUUGCUACUUAGCAAACCCUUUUCUGUCUCCCGGAGAGCUGGAAAGAACCCAGCGAUAAAUAAAGAAAAAUAUAAUACCACUGAAAUUUCAUUCGGCUGUUUGCUUUACAACAAAAUAGCCUCUCGUUUUCCAGUAGGAAUAGGUGCAUUUCUGCUCUUUACCUUGCUUUCAAAGAAUGUUACAUCCAGAAUAGAAAGAAAAAAUCAAUCAAAUGUUCUGCCUUUUUACAAAGAUUUAUAGAAUGCUUUAUACUAUUCUGUAGAGUGUUUUAUAUGCAGUAUGGCUCCAUUCUCUACCAUAUACAGUAUAUAUAGGGAAAUGCCCUUGUUGGCUCAAAGCAGACGAACCAGCACUCACAGUCUCAUUACCAGGCUUUGUGUUACGUGUUGUGUGAGGUGCUUAACCAUGGACAUGUUCUUGCACAUGCGUGCUUAUGUAUUUGCUGACACACGCACGCAUGUACGCACGCACACACACGGUGUGCCUGGUAGUAGGUCUAAUGAGAAAAAAGGCCUUGAAUGGCCCUCAUGCUUUGAAGCAUUAAAGCUUAAUAACCUGUCCUUUCAGCUCGCUCUAAAGAACACGCGCCACGCUGAUAAUUGGAAAGAUACUGCCCAUUUUCUAUAGCUUUCUCUUGUCUCUUUUGUCUAAUGGCCGCAUUUGCUUCAGCCGGAACUAUUACUUGUCCAUGAAAAAUUAUUUUCUUGUUUUUCCAAUCAUAAUUUGGCUCUUUAGUAGUGGCUUGUAUGAUGGACUUCUCUCGUUGUUGCCUCUAAAGCAUCGUCGUUGUCGUGGACUGCGAAAAUAAAUAAAUGGGAAGAACCAGGCAUGAGGCAAAGCAUCAACAAUUUGACUCAAGGCCUUUAAUAGCCUAUAUUUCAAAAUAAAGGAAAACAAAGCCAUAUAUUCCGAUGAUAAGACUUAUUCAACUCAAGGCAGUAAGUGGCCCAGCAAGCUCCCAAAAUGUGAUUAAUCUCAGUUAAAACUUGGCAGCUGAUGAUGAUCACGUUAUCAUUUCUCAUUACAUUACAUCACAUUAGUUCUGAAUCUCACUGUUUCCCAAACACUAGCCAUUAUUAUGCUGAAUAUAC